CUUAAACAAAAAUUGUAUAAGCUACGUCUUUGCAUGCUCAAAAGUAGUUUUGUAAUGACUUACUCAGUUGUGAAGAGAGGAUCUGAGAACACUGCAGACUACCGCCUUUUUUUUAAAAAUGGGAAUGGUGAAAUUAUAUCUCCUUGGCACGACAUUCCUCUUCGCGUCCCAGGCAAAAAUAAUACAUUCAACGCCGUUGUUGAAAUUCCUAGGUUUACAAACCACAAAAUGGAGAUUUCCACUAAGGAUCCCGGCAAUCCUAUCAAACAGGACACCAAAAAUGGCAUCCUUCGAUUUGUUAAAAAUCACUUACCUUAUCAUGGCUACCUCUGGAAUUACGGAGCUCUUCCGCAGACGUGGGAGAAUCCAACUCAUGUGGAUAGUCGGACCAACGCAAAAGGUGAUAAUGAUCCUCUGGAUAUCUGUGAGAUUGGACAGCGCAUCGCUUCCAGAGGAGAGGUCCUUCAAGUUAAGAUUUUGGGCGCUUUCGCCUUGAUAGACGAAGGAGAGACAGACUGGAAGAUUAUAUGCGUAAACACAGCUGAUCCUAUGGCCGCGCGAUUGGAUGACUUAGAAGAUGUGGAAAAGUAUAUGCCAGGCAUUGUAGAAGCCACUCGAGAUUGGUUUGCUACCUACAAAGUUAACGACGGCAAACCCGUUAAUCAGUUUGCCUUUGGAUGCAAGCCACUACACCGAGAGUUUGCCUUGUCCGUCAUCGACGAAGCUCACGCCUUUUAUAAAAAGCUGAUUAGUGAUCGCUCUAAUAAAGUGCUUUCGUAUGGUUUGAACUCCAGAGAUUAUAGAUCGGCUUUUGAGCAGACACCGCCUUCGGGAUCUCCUGCGGCACUUCCAGAGGAUGUUGAUAAAAUAUGGUUUGGGCACUUACGGCCUCCUCACUAAAAGAAGCAGUGCCCUCUUUACCUGUUCAAUAAAUA